AUGGGCUACAUCCAUCGUAACAUAAAAUUAUAUGUUGGAAAUCUUCCAUCUGAUGCAACUGAACAGGAUAUAGAAAAUUUAGUCCAAGGGUGUGGUCAACUGAGAUUUUGCAUGAUAAGGAAACAUCCUGAGACUAAUAAGAGUAACGGAUAUGCCCAUUUGGAGUAUAGGCACGAAGUGGAAUGCGUGGAAGCAUUUAAGACACUAUUAGGAAAAGAAAUUAGAGGGCGACCAUUAAAGAUUGAUUGGUGCGAUGAUAUUUAUAGAAAAAAGUAUCCUGAACUUGUUGCUGCAGCCGCUACGGUAUGUUCAAAGUCUUUAAGUGAAAAUACAUCUGACAUUCCAUCUCAAACUUCUGUAUUUGAUGAUAUGAAUCCGCAUCUAACGCCUAAUAGACUACAACUUAUUGACAACAAAGGACGUAUAACUCCAUACGGGCUUGAGUUGGCACAAAAAAUGGACUUGAAUGACGUAUAUAAUUUGGUUUCUAGAAUAUACAAGUUGAGUCAAAGGACCCCCAGUGUUGCUAGGGCUUUGUUGACGGAAAAUCCUUCAGCUUGUCACAUUUUAUUACAAGCUCAAAGUUUAUUGGGAAAUCCACAUUUAGACUUAGACCUGGAGUUUAAAUCUAAUAUUGAAUCAGAUUCUAUAUCUCUCUCUAAAGCUUUAGAUUACUUCGUUAAUAUUGAUUAA